UAAUGAUAACACAGUUUACUGAAUACAAUAGAUUAUUACUGAAUGAGUAUCAAAACAAAGUACUCGAAUUACAUGAACAGAAGUAAAUUUGUAGAUUUUAAAAUUUUGUGUUAAAAAAUGUUGAAGUUAGCUACACUGUGCCUUUGUUUUAUAUUGGUUGUUUCACAACCUGCAUUUGAGACUUACAAUGCAGACAAAAUGCAAGAGAAGUCUUCACUGGAAGAGAGGAUUCCAAAAAUGAUAGAAGAACUGAAGAUAACCCUGGAACAGCAAAUGAAGAAAGCCAUAGAUACUAUCAAUAGAAGGACACUCAUAGCCCAAAAUGACCUGUCCAACUUUCCUGAACAGUGUCUCAGAGAUAAAAACAUAGAUAUUGAUUUUCAGAGAAGGACAACCAUAUCAAAAUUAUCUAAUUGCAAUAGAAGACAAAUUCUGAAGUACAUGUUCAAUUUAACUGUAGAAGUGGCUAAAUUUGCCAUAGACGUAGCAUUAGAUGGGUCUGCCAUUGCAACUAGCUUUGUGCAAUGCCUUGGCAAUUCAAAUCCAAUUGAUAUCGUUAUUUGUUUUUUCAAUGCAAUGAUCAAGUUUCCAAGUGAAGUCAAAGAACUUUUCCAUGACACUGAAAACCUGGUGAAUGAUCUGGUUUAUGUAAUUCCAAAAAUAGUUAAGGAUAUUGAAUCAUGUCUUGAGAAUUCAUCCAACGGCUAUAAUUUGUUUUUAAAUAGAACUUUAAAAAGGGCAAAAAUGUGUAGUAAAAAUAUUAAUUUAUAAAUAGUUCUAUGUGGUUGACUAAUUAUAAUUAAUUAAUGUAGUUUAAAAAAUGUGGUCAAUAAAUAUCUUCAACAUGCA